AUGUGGAAGAUUGUCUCGGCGCUCGUCCUCCUCUGGCUCAGUUCGACUCGCGCUGCCGUGGACUUUGCUGGAUCAGGUUACGCCUCGUUGACGCACUACGACCUACCGCUCGAUUACGUUGCUUCGUGUGGUUGUGUUGGCCGCUCAACCUUCUACCCCACCGCCGCGCUCAAUCGAUACGCCUAUGGCUCCAACACAUCGUUCGGCCCUGCUUGUGGGACCUGCUUCGAGAUCCGCCUGAUCUCCACCCCGCUAGCCCCUCCACCACCACCUCCUGGCUCAAAUGACCCUUGGGGCGACGGUAUCUACUACAACAUGUCCCAAGUCACUUCCGGCUCCACGCCGAACCUGGUGGUCAAGAUCAUCGACCUGUGUCCCGGCGCGGGCGGCCCUUGGUGCAACGCAACGCGUCUUGAAAAUGGAACAGUCCAAGGAAACAGUCUUGGUUUCGACGUACACUUCGAUCUAGCGUGGCCGUCCAAGGGCAUUUCAUCGAGGUUCUUUCCCGGCGACCAUGAUUACGGAGUGUGGAAUGUCAGCUUCUCCGCCGUCUCGUGUGACAAAUGGGCGGGAUGGAAGGAUCAGGCGGCGCUAGGGUCCGAUUGGGCUCAACAGUCUUCGGCCUGCUGCCCCAACAAUCCACCACCCAGCGGCAACGACGCCAGCUGCCCUGCCUAUUAUGAUACGCUCGGGGCUCACGGCGCAAUUCCGCCAAACACAAGCAAUAUUUUGUCCAAAGGCAAAGGCCCCUCCAACGCGGCUGCCACUUUGCUGCAACCAGAUACCACCGCACAUGCCGCUUUACUGCUGCUCAGCGUUCUAGCGACCGUACUUGCUCUAUCGCUCGCCACAACCACCUAG